GAAUUCUCAUUUCGUUAGAAACGCGCGAGGUAAACAAAACAUUAUGUUUGACUUUUCGGGCCGCUAAAGUUUGUUUGGUGGAAAAUUGUGCGAAAAAAAGGGAUCCUUCCGAAGGGAAAAUCAGUCGUGAGUUUAAAUUCCCUGUGAAAAGUGCGGUGUCGGUGGUGAAAGCAUGUUCAAAAACACGUUUCAGUCGGGAUUUCUCUCGAUAUUGUACAGCAUAGGGAGCAAACCGCUGCAGAUAUGGGACAAAAAGGUUCGCAACGGGCACAUCAAGCGCAUCACUGACCAGGACAUUCAAUCGUUGGUGCUGGAAAUCAUCGGCACUAAUGUGAGCACAACCUAUAUCACCUGCCCGGCGGAUCCGAAGAAAACACUCGGCAUCAAGCUGCCGUUUUUGGUGAUGAUCAUCAAGAAUCUGAAAAAGUAUUUCACAUUCGAAGUGCAGGUCCUGGACGAUAAAAACGUGAGGCGGCGCUUUCGGGCUAGCAAUUACCAAUCGACUACGCGAGUAAAGCCAUUCAUCUGCACCAUGCCCAUGCGAUUGGACGAAGGAUGGAACCAAAUACAGUUCAACUUGUCCGAUUUCACUCGCCGUGCCUAUGGAACCAACUAUGUGGAAACUUUACGAGUUCAAAUCCAUGCCAAUUGCAGGAUACGGCGGGUAUACUUUUCCGAUCGGCUCUACUCCGAAGAUGAACUACCAGCCGAGUUCAAAUUAUUCCUGCCUAUUCAAAAACCUCAGUCGAAAGCUAUUGCUCAACAAGCAUGUUAACGUCUGGCGCCCGGUAAUAAGCUAUGAGGCGAGGAGAAGAAAAGACUUUUACCAAAAAAAUGUAAACCACACCCUCACAUAUGCUAUCUAGGUUUUCUUUGCACAUCAUAAUAUAUUUCUCCCCAUUGGCACGCGCAUUCAGUGCAACUUUUCCAUUUUACCCCAAAUGAAUCAACCGAAUAACCGAUAUAACAAAAAAGUGUCCUUAGCAUCACAAAGUUACACUCAAACAAAAUAGAACAAGCAACAGUACACAACGCACCGACAGAUAACCCAUACCGAAAAGUAGUGCGAAGCGAGAGUAAGUAUAUUAUUGCUUUCAAAAGUUUUCCGCGUUGAACCGUUCUUAUUCACUCAUCGAUAAAACCGCACGCCAUGCAUCGACACCUUCUUGGCUUGGCGAGGGGGAAGUGGGCGAACGCUCAACAUGCAGAGAUUUUUUUUUGUGUAUACCUUACCUACAUUUUACAACUCUGUACUGGAACCGGUAAAACAAUGUUCAAUCAUGCAUAUGAAGCGAUCAGCUAAUCAAAGCCCCAAGAUGAUGAUAUGCAUGGUUUGAGAUAUCGAUACCACCAGCGUGUUUUUUCAACGCCUAAUAAUUACGAAACUUUGAACCGGGAUCGAGACGAAACAUACCGAAAACAGUUGCAAAUAGUGUUAUUAUAUGCUCUUAUGGAAAAUGAAAUAAAUAUUGUAAAUAUGCCUGACAAAA